AUGUCACAGCCGAAAAGCGAUCAAAGCCAUCCUGGAAUGAUUGAUCCCAUCGACACACGCUCACCAGAGAAAGAUCAUGAUGAACCUGUCGAAGAACUGUCUCCCGCUCGGCCGGUGAAGUCAGACUCGUCCGACAAGGACCUCAAGAUAGUCAACUCGGACUUGAGCGCUCAGCCCCGCAGACACUCCAGGAGAGGCUCUGCGGCGUCACGGCGACACUCGACCGCGCUUGUUGCUUCCGAAACCUCACCUUCAGUUUGCGAGUCGUGCGGUGAAGACAAAAUUCAUGGUUGGAGAGAUGUCGUUGAGGCUUGUAGUCUGGUGAGUGGUCCGUCAUCCGCGUCGGCAUCUGCUCCUGAGUUUGACCCCUUCCGCCCUUCCCGCAACAGUCAUGGCACCAGCAACGCAAACAUCUGUUCACCUCUUGGAUUCACGUUCCCUUAGGUGUUACAUUCCUUCUUGUUGUCGUCUGGGGCCUGAAGCUUGCCAUCGAUGUAGCACCCUUCAGAUUUCCGGCUGCAGUCUUGGCCGCCUUUGGCAUCUUCCUGUUACUUUUGCUCCUCGAUUGGCUCUCAUCAGUGUUUCCUGGUAGGAGGCAACGAGAUGCAGAAGCAAUGUACGAGAAGUCGGACCGACCACAGAAGAGACGCAAACGGUUCAUCGACCCUGUGCUCAUGCUCUUGGCGCCACCGUGCGACUUUUGCUUGCGUAUCAUGAGCGUCCUCUUCACUCCGUGAGCACAUGCACGUCGUCCACCGCACCCCAACCUUUCUGACGCGCAUAUCUUUAUUGCAGGUCUUUCAUCCUGAUCCCUGCCCGUGAGGUCAUCUCGGGCGGUGAGAUUGGUCGAAUCAUUGGAUGGUUCGCUGCGACUCAAGUGCUUGCUUUCCUUUUCCCAAUCUAUCUCAACAAGGGCAUCAACUGGGCCUUCACAAUUCCCAAACAGCUUCGAGAACGUCGCGAGAAGGCUCAGUCGCCUCUGACAGACCUGCGCCGGUCCAGCACGGUCAAUGGUCGACGCAGCCGUAGAGGCAGCACGAUGAGUCAAAGCGGUUCUCUCGAUCACAGGAGCCGCCGCGGCAGUACUGCUACGAUAGCAGGUCUCGAAUUCGAAAAAGGCUACGCUUACUCUGGUCAGCAACGCCUUGGCACCAUUGCAAGCGGACUUGCCGGAGUCACCGCCACAAUCACAGCACCGGUAGCUCACAUUGACAUGACGUUGGAGGAUGACGAGCAAGCGUACUACAACGCCGUUGCCAUCGAGCAAGCACGUCAACAAGGUGACCCUGCAGUCACUUCACCUAAUCUAGCACCGUUAUCCUUUGGUAGCUUCGUGCCGCACUCCGACGUGAGCUACUUUAGCCAUGCUCGAAUGCCAGUCGAUCGCGAAGGUAGACCGCGUCACCACCAUCACGCCACCUCGGCGGAGCAGCGUCGCAACAGAUCCCGAAGUCGCGACGGUGCUCGCAGUCAAUCUAGACCAGCUACAGCGAGAAGCUUGACCGUCUCGCCUCGCGUGCCCAGUGGAGGGGGUUCGGUCGAGUACGGUCCGCCGUCAGUCGCCACCGUACAGCGCUCUGCUACCGCGGUGGGCGCUCUCCCAGUCGCAAGCCCAGCUCCUUCAGAUGCCUAUCGCUUCCCGAGCACUCAAUUGUCGCCGGUGCAAACCACCAUUGCAUUCGACCAAGAUUUGCCAACAGCUGCUUCUCUCCGUGCUGCUGAGAAUGGAGCGAGAGCCAAAUCUAAUGCUCCAGCCGUUGUAGGUGUACGGGAACCGGAGCCCGCGAAAGUAGCAGCGACGUCUUCUGCCAGCUCAUCGCGCAGACCUUCGCUACUUGGCAACUUCAUUGCCCCCUUGAGCAUGUCGAGGAGAGAGUCCGCCACUAGCGGCCCCACCCCGGUUGCUACAUCAGCUUCCAGUCAAGCUUCCGCAAAAGACCGCGCAGAUCAAGCUGCCGUCGCUCCCAGCGCCUCCGCUCCUGCGCCAGAAGAUCAGCCUUCCGAAUACGGACCAGAUGCGAUCGAGCGCCUAGCGUCGUGGAUCAGUGACUUGAUCACUCCGAUCAUCUACUUCACCUUGAUCAUCAUAGGUCUGCCUCUCUUCUUCGUCCUCAAUUUCGCGCUGCCUCUGUAUCUUGGCAUCAAUCUGCUAGCCUUCAUUGGCGCCAUCACGAUCGUGCCGCCUAAGAUCCGAAGAUUCCUGCAUCCCAUUCUCAGUACAAGCAUCGUGACCGUGCUGUUGAUUUGGGCGCUUGGAGCCAUGAAGGGCUUGAGCAUCAAGCAGGCUCUUGCACUGUACAGCAAUGGCGCUAAAUACACCGUCCUCUGGGACCCCGCCGGCUACCAAGGCCCUGUGCCGGGAGCUGGUGACAUCCUCUUUAGUGUUCUCGACGCAGGAAUCGUAAGUCUUCAAGUAUUACGGCUCUCUCGAUCAUUCCAGCUUGCUCACACCUUGUAUACCUUCAACAGGUCUCCCUUGCCAUUCCAAUGUACCGCUAUCGCAAGGACCUGAAGCAGAACUUUUGGCGGAUGCUCAUCGCCUUGACGCCAUGCGCGGCCCUCUCGCUGUUCUUGUGGCCCUACAUCGCCUACUUGAUGGGUAUGAACGAGGUUCACGCACUCGCGUUCUCAGCGCGCUUCAUGUCUACUCCUCUCGCCAUCGAGCUGGCGAACAACAUAGGCGCAGACGAAAGCAUCACCAUCGUACUGGUUUGCGUGACUGGUAUCAUCUACGCCAUCGUCAAGGAGUACGUCUUCAAAUGGACCAAUGUCAAGGAUGACAUGACCGUUGGUGUUGCCAUGGGCUCAACGGCUGGUGCCAUCGGUGCAUCCAGCCUUAUUUCAAAACCGCGCCAACUUGCUCUUGCCAGCCUGUGCUUCAUCCUCUUCGGUGCCAUCAUGCUCAUCGCAACGGCGAUUCCGCCCGUCGUCGAUGCAGUGAGGAUGCUCGCGGCCGGCAACAACGUCAUUUGA